UUGUGAAAUAGCUGAUCCCCAUCAGCUAUUUUAAAAACUCUCAUAUGAGAGAUUUAGAAUUUCCUCAUGCCUACAAUCUCUCACCUUUCCAAACGCAGAAUUGUUUUAAAAUCCUGCACAACGAGAGAUUGUUUUAAAAUCACUCAUAAAUCCCUCAUCACAUUCACUAAUCCAAACGACCCCUAUGUAAUUCAGGAAAAUUGAAGCUAAUAAAGAUUAGCUAGUACAAUAAAACAGCAGCGAAUUUCAAAAUCUCCCUCGUUCCAUUUGAUUCUCCCAUUUUCAGAUUCAUUCCCGGAGGCUGAGAGCGGGAGCGGCCGGUCUCCACUGUUCUGUUCAAGGUACGUUCUGCAGUAGCUUGGUCUGUGGGAUUGUUAAGAGGGACACUAUCGGAAAGAGGGGCACUAUCAUUUUUGGUGAAUAAUGGAACCUGGGGAAAUCAGUGGCAGCCCUGAUCGGAGCAAUUUGGAGACUACGAGUCAGGAUAACAAACCUGAUCUACAACCAAGUAGUGCUGGUUUACAAUCUCACGAUUUUGGAGGUAAAGAAGAUAAAGCAAAUAGUGAAACCCUGUGCAUCGGUGGGGGUCAAGUUGGAGCUGAAGCUAGCACAGGACACGCUGCUGUUGGUACAAGUAUGGGAAUUGAAGAUGGAUCAGGGUGUGAGAAAUUGGGAGACAACGUUGAAACUCAUGAUGGCCAAGUCGAAAAUAAGAAUGGCCAGGUUAAUGUUGAAACAGAAGUUGACAUGGAUCUGGUUGAUUCGCCGAUGCAUGUAAAUAUUCAAGUGACGGAGGUUAUUUCAGUUGAAGAGAAAGUGGUUAGCAUGCUGAACACUGAAAAUGGUAGCCUUGACAUGCCACUUGAGAAUUUAAAAGCUAGAUCAGGGGUUAAGAGAGCAAGGAUGACUUACGAACAACAGCAUCCUUCAGUGCAAGUCAUGUAUUAUUCUCUAACAAGAGCUAGCAAAAGAAAGCUUGAGGAGCUAUUACAACGCUGGUCAGAAUGGCACACAACCAACACCGUGUAUCUAGAUUCAGAUGAAGCAUUAGAAUCUGGCGAGGAGACAUAUUUUCCUGCCAUACGCACUGGCAUAGAGAAGUCCUGUACAGUUUCUUUCUGCAUAGACGAUCGAACAAGAGAUGAGCAGACCAGCGGUGUCAUGCCACUUGACAGCAACUCCGUGCCCCUUUAUGAUCGUGGAUUUGUUUUGGGUCUGACAUCGGCAGAUGGCUCAAACAAUGCUGAACGAGGCCUGGAGAUAUUUGGUGAUCCUGCCCGGUGUUUUAACUGUGGGUCUUACAACCAUGCUAUGAGAGAAUGCACCAAGCCUCGGGAUGCUGCUGCUGUUAAUAGUGCCCGCAAACAACAUAUGGCCAAAAGGAAUCAGAACUCCCAUUCUCGCAGUUCAAUUCGUUAUUAUCAGAGCUCAUCUGGUGGGAAGUAUGAUGGCUUGAAUCCAGGUGCUCUUGAUGCUGAAACACGCAGACUUUUGGGUAUUGGGGAGCUUGAUCCACCUCCAUGGCUAAACAGAAUGCGAGAGCUGGGAUACCCACCCGGAUAUCUAGAUGCCGACGAUGAAGAGCAACCGUCAGGAAUAACAAUAUUUGGUGAGGAAGAAGCCAUUGUCGUCGGUGAAGAACAGGAAGAAGGAGAAAUAACAAUGGAAAACAGCAUUCCCAAGCCGCCUCACGAGCCUCCUCGGAAGAUGAAUAAGACCAUUGAAUUUCCCGGAAUAAAUGCACCAAUCCCAGAGAAUGCAGAUGAAAAGCUAUGGGCAGCUGGUGGUCCUUCGUCUUCAAGUUUCGAUACUACUAGUAAGAACCGACUAUCAGAGCGUAGUAGUGACCACUCAGGAGGCAGAUAUUACCACAGCAGCGAACAAAGACGGCCUAGAAGAAGUUUCAUGGAUGAUGAUGGGCCACCUGGCGUUGACCCAGUAUCGAGCCCUUCUAGGUCGAGUUACCCUCCAAGAUAUGGGAGUUACCAUGCAAGCCAGUAUAGCUUGGACAGCCCUAGAGACCUCAUGCCUUCCUUUGCAAGGUCGCACUCUGAUAGAGAACGGAGGAGCCCUCCCAGGUAUGAAGAUUCUUUCGGUAGUCACUCGUCGUUCCACCACUCGUACCACUCCAGACGCGAGCACGAAGUGGAUGAUCGAUGGGAUGGGCGUAGUCGGGAUCGUCCAUCGGACUAUGAACUUGAUGGCCACAAGUCUAGAAGGUAAAAGGAGGGCAAAAAGUAGGGAUUGUUAGCACCUGACUUGUAACAGUGGCUUAGCUAAUAUGUCCAAUUGUGACAGUAGUGUUGUAAAAGUGCCUCUUUUUUCCAGGUCGCAACAAUAAACAAGAUGUCUGGGCCUCAUGUGAAGAAUAUUACUGAUAGAAGCAUGUUGACGUUGUUGUUUAUGAUUUGACAAUUUUGCUGCUAGCACAGACUCCUUAAAAAUGACCAAUGCUAUAUAUUUUAGGCUUGCACACUGCAG